AUGGCUCUGAUGAACCUGUGCAUCGCCGGAGUUCACCUGCUCACGUUCGCCCGGAUUCACUACGAACAACUCUUUGGACUGUCUCCAACGAAGCUCUGCGCUCUUUCCUGGGUCAUAUCUUUCUUCCUGGCCCUGCCGUCUCUGACGAACGGCCACGUGGUCGUCUACGGUCCGUCAGUUCGGAGUUGCAUAUCUAGUCAUUCCGAUUCUGGGCUCAAAUUUCUUUCCUAUGUUCUAAUAUUCGGUGUGUUGAUACCUGCUGGAUUCUCUUCUUACGCCUACUUUCGUAUUCUGCAAAUCCUAUACCAUAGUCCCAUCGUUUUCCAGUCACUAGGACUAUACAAAAGCCGGUUUCUGGUCUAUGCAUUCCUUCUAAGGUACGUUUUUCGCCCUUGAUCUUUAAUAUAAUGCGACUAUUUGCAGCCCCUUGUACCAAGUACCGUUCUACACCCUGACCAUGCUCAACCAGAAGCACGAGUGGCGCGUCGACCAGGAGACAGUCUGGCCGGCCAUCUGCAUGUUCGCCGCCUUCACGCAGUGCAUCAUCGCGCCGGCUCUUUACGGCGCCAGUCUUUUCAUCAUCAAGGAGGAAGACAUGGCGUUGACGGCUAGAACUCACAAGGCCCCUCCUGGCGCUUACCACCACGUCGCGCAGCAGCACAACAUGCAGGCCCAACUUAUUUGA